AUGACCUCCGUCCUCUUCGUUGACGACUUCGACCCGCUCGUCGUCUACUCAAACUACGAUGACUGGCAAACGCCCAACCCCCAGGACAACCCCAUGUGGUGGAACGCGUCCGCCGACGUGACCAAUAGCCCGUGGCAUCAAGCGACAUAUCACUACACUGAGGUGCAGGGAGCACGCGCGGCGUUCAACUUCACUGGCUCCUCGAUCUCGGUGUACGGUGCAACUGGGCCUACGACGAGCAGCUACACUGUCACAAUUGACGGUAACGUCAACGCCCUGCAGGUCUCCAACAGCACAGGACGCACGGUGCUGUAUGAGGCCCACAAUCUGACAAGCGACACGCAUCAGCUCGAGAUUGUGAAUUCCGGCAGUGGGCUGCUGUUGGACGCGUUUGCCGUUAGGCUCAAGCUCGGCGGGGAAGACGCCACGUUGUCCAACACGACGCUCGACGACCGCGCCCCCGAAAUCAAGUACGAGGGUCAGUGGACGCAGCAGCAGGGUCCAAACUUUCACGCCGGGACGAGCACGUACACGUCUGGCCCGGGAAACGCCAUGAUGCUCAACUUCACUGCAGGCUCUGCAAUCUACGUCUAUGGCGAUCAGGUCAACGACCACGGUGAUUAUACUGUUUCACUGAAUGGCUCAACAGUUGGCCGGUACUCGGGCCGCUCAGGCUGCAGGGGCGGGUUUGCUAAAGCAUGCGAGAAGCUUCACGGCCUCGUCUUCUUUGCGGGCGACCUACCUGCUGGCAGCCACGCGCUGCGCAUCGAGAACGGCGGCCCCGCUGAGGGGAACAAGACCUUCUUCGACUUCGACUACCUAGAUUACACCGUUCCAAGCGUGUAUGCUACCCGUAAUCAAAGCUCCGACGGGGUCAACACAGCCAGUAGUUCGAACCCAGCGGCACCAAGAGGCACAACGCAAUCGUCGGACGCGGCUUCCGCAGUAUAUGCCCUGCUGUGGGGCGUUCUCGCUGCGUGGGCGGUCAAGGCCUUCCUGUGA